GUUACAAAGUUCCGAAUUAAUUAAGUAGAUUUCUAAACGAGUGAGCUCAAAGUCCUAAAUUAUUUUGAUUUCCAGCUGUAGAUAGUGCAUUGUUUUUGUUAUUAAAACUAAUUAUUCUAAAAUGAUAAAAAAUUUCUCUAAGCUAGUUCAAACACUUGCUCCAACAAGUGUCAGGCAGACAAGAUGCAUAGCAUCACUUUCAGCAUUAUCUGAAGAUUACCAAAUGCUGUAUAAAACAUGUAGAGACUUUGCUGAAGGGGAACUAAAGCCCAACGCUGCUAAGUUCGAUCGCGAACAUUUAUAUCCUGGUGAUGCUAUCAAGAAAAUGGGUGAACUCGGACUGAUGUCUAUAGCGGUGCCGGAGGAACUUGGCGGAGCUGGUCUGGACUACCUCGCGUACGCUAUCGCAUUAGAAGAAAUAUCAAGAGGGUGUGCGUCAGCAGGAGUCAUAAUGUCUGUCAACAACUCCCUAUACUUAGGCCCUGUUAUGCACUGGGGCAAUGACAAACAAAAGCAAGAGUUCGUCACACCAUUCUGUACAGGUGAAAUUGUUGGGUGUUUUGCUCUUUCUGAGCCAGGUAAUGGAUCUGAUGCUGGAGCCGCAUCCACCACAGCCAAGGAAAGUGGUGACAAAUGGACACUGAAUGGCACAAAAUGUUGGAUCACUAAUGGAUAUGAGAGUAAAGCAUCUGUUGUCUUUGCUACUACUGACAAAAGUCUGAAGCACAAAGGAAUAUCUGCCUUUAUAGUCCCAAAACCAAUCAAAGGUCUUGAAUUAGGAAAGAAAGAAGACAAGCUAGGAAUAAGAGGUUCAUCCACUUGUUCCCUGAUGUUUGAAGACUGUGAUAUCCCUAAAGAGAAUAUUCUUGGUCAGCCAGGUCUGGGAUUUAAGAUUGCAAUGAUGACAUUAGAUGCUGGCAGAAUUGGUAUUGCAUCCCAAGCUUUAGGUAUAGCACAGGCUUCAUUAGAUGUUGCAGCCGAGUAUGCAUCAAAACGCACAGCCUUUGGAAAACCAAUAAUGAAACUUCAAGCUAUACAAAACAAGCUUGCUGAUAUGGCCUUGCAGCUGGAGUCAGCAAGAUUGCUCACAUGGAGAGCAGCUUGGUUGAAGGAUAACAAGAAGCCUUAUACCAAGGAGGCUGCAAUGGCAAAACUGGCAGCUUCUGAGGCAGCCACAUUCUUAUCCCAUCAAUGCAUACAGAUCCUUGGUGGAAUGGGCUAUGUUUCCGACAUGCCAGCAGAGAGACACUACCGUGAUGCCAGAAUUACAGAAAUAUAUGAAGGCACUUCUGAAAUCCAGAGACUUGUUAUAGCUGGGCAACUCAUCAAAGAGUAUGGUCUCUAAUAUCUAUGAUACAGCAUGAUUGACUCACUCAGUGUAUUAAGUGUAACUGUAGUUGUAAGUGUAAGACUGUUUUAUUACCCCUUUUUUAGUCAAUUUUACCAACCUCAUGUUUAGCAGCUAAAGUAUAUUUUGAACCAUAUUAUGUGUAUAUUUUUUAGAGUCUCUGUACAAGAAUAUUCAAAUUGUAUUUACUAUAUAUAUUUACACAUUUGAUGAAAUAAUAAAAUACUUAAAUAUUAA